AUGCCUCACCCCGACCGAACCCUCGCCACAGUCCCCGGCGCUCCAGCGCCCAAUUUCAACGGCUACAGCCUCGUAGUCCGCGCAACAGGCCAUAGGAUCCACUUAGCUGGAUGGAUGGGCGAGGAUCCCGAGACGGCGAAAGUCGUCGAGGGAGGUUGUGAGGCCCAAACCGAACAGAUUAUGGCCAAUAUCAAGACCUGUCUUGAAGCCGCGGGUUCCAGUCUGGAGAAAGUUGUGCUGAGGAGGUCGUAUUUUCUGGAUAUCAAGAGGGAUGUGCCGAUUGUGGCGAGGGUGUGGGAUAAGUGGGCACCUGGAUUGAAGCCCGUGAGCACGGCUGUGCAGGUCAGUGGGCUUGCGAAGGAAGGUGCCGUUAUUGAGAUUGAAGUUGAGGCGGAGGUGUGA